AUGUGGGUGCAGAUCUGUGGGCUCCUGCCUAAUGCCAAGGAGGAGGGAGUCAUCCGUGGCAUGUCUCGUCUGCUGGGCAAGUUUGUGGCUGUCGAUGGUCCCUUCCUGGCCAAGGGCCCUGCCGUUCAGGUGCAGAUCAAGUCACUUGACCCCUCCAAGCUCAAGAUGAUGAUUCAGAUGUUCUUUAACAACGUCGGUUACGAUCACUGUAUCUCGGUUGAGGGUGGGACUCCCACUGAUCCCCUCAGCCUGGAUGUUGAGGGCAGAGCCGACCCUGAGCCGGGCCCAGGAGGGGGCGCUGCUCCUCGGGGCAGCCCUCGUCGCUCCUGCAGUCGCUUGCCCCACUCUGAGGCUUCCGACGACGACUCGACGGACGCUGGUGAUGCUUCACCCCAGCCGGCUCCUCCCACCCCUCGUCCACCCACUAUUUGGGGCUCGGCUCCCGCAACGACUGCGUCGGGGAGGAGCCUGAGGACGUCAAGGCCAUCGCAGCCUUGCUUGAUGAGGCUGCUACCCUCCCACCUGGUGCUACCCUACCCCCUACCUUCCUCCCUGCUCCGUUGUCAUCGUCUGAUGAGGAGGGGUGCGGGGACAGCUGGGUGA